GGCUUCCACCACAAGAAGGGCUGCCAGGUUGAAUUCUCCUACCCGCCCCUGAUUCCAGGAGAUGGACAUGACAGCCACGCUCUACCUGAAGAGUGGAAGUAUUUGCCUUUCCUUGCCUUACCAGAUGGCGCUCACAACUACCAAGAAGAUACUGUGUAUUUUCACUUGCCACCCAAAAAUGGAAAUGGAGCCACAGUAUACGGUAUCUCUUGCUAUCGACAAAUUGAAGCCAAGGCCUUGAAAGUAAGACAAGCAGAUGUCACCAGAGAAACUGUUCAGAAAAGUGUCUGUGUCCUAAGCAAGCUGCCUCUCUAUGGAUUACUUCAAGCAAAACUUCAACUCAUUACACAUGCAUAUUUUGAAGAAAAGGAUUUUUCCCAAAUUUCCAUUCUAAAGGAGCUUUACGAACAUAUGAAUAGCUCCCUGGGAGGAACGUCAUUAGAAGGUUCCCAAGUAUACCUUGGUCUGUCUCCUCGAGAUCUUGUCCUUCAUUUUAGGCACAAGGUCUUAAUCCUGUUUAAACUGAUUCUUCUUGAGAAAAAGGUUCUCUUUUAUAUUUCUCCAGUGAAUAAAUUGGUGGGGGCAUUGAUGACUGUGUUAUCCCUUUUUCCAGGCAUGAUUGAGCAUGGUCUUAGUGACUGUUCUCAGUACAGACCCCGCAAAAGUAUGUCUGAAGAUGCUGGGCUUCAGGAAACGAAUCCUCCAGCAGAUGCCUUUGUUCCCGGGUCUGUGCCUGACAUGCCAAAUAGCAUCUCAGGAACUGAGAAGAAAACCAUGGCGAGCACGCACGGAGGAGAUGCUGUCACCAAGCCUGGAGAGCCUGUAUUCCAAGUCGUCAGCGACAACAGCAAAGGCCUGGAACCUAAGAACAGCAAUCAGUUUUUGAAGCUUCCUCCCCACCUUUCUCCGGAGUCCUCAGAAAGUGAGUGGGAGACUUUGGAUCCAAGUGUUCUAGAGGACCCCAGCUUGAAAGAAAGGGAACAGUUGGGGUCAGAACAGACAAACUUAUUUCCAAAGGACUCUGUAUGCUCGGACAGUUCUCCAAUUACUGUACAACCUCAAGCAAAUACAGGGCAGCUGGUCCUGAUACCAGGACUGAUAUCGGGUUUGGAAGAAGACCAGUACGGCAUGCCAUUGGCCAUCUUCACAAAGGGAUAUCUCUGUCUGCCUUAUAUGGCACUGCAGCAGCAUCAUCUGCUCUCUGACGUGACCGUUCGGGGAUUUGUUGCUGGAGCUACUAACAUCCUUUUUCGACAACAGAAACAUCUCAGUGAUGCCAUUGUGGAAGUAGAAGAAGCUGUGGUCCAGAUCCACGAUCCAGAACUCAGGAAGCUGCUUAACCCAACCACAGCAGACCUAAGGUUUGCAGACUACCUAGUGAGGCACGUGACCGAGAACCGGGAUGACGUCUUCCUGGAUGGCACAGGCUGGGAGGGCGGAGACGAGUGGAUCCGGGCCCAGUUUGCCUUCUACGUCCAUGCACUGCUGGCUGCCACCCUGCAGCUUGAUAACGAAAAGCUAUUAUCGGACUAUGGCACGGCCUUUGUUACAGCGUGGAAGAAUACACACAACUACAGGGUCUGGAACAGCAACAAGCACCCGGCACUUGCAGAGAUAAACCCUAACCAUCCAUUUCAAGGCCAGUACUCGGUGUCCGACAUGAAGCUAAGGUUCUCUCAUUCUGUUCAGAGCAGCGAACGGGGCAAAAAAUUUGGAAGUGUCAUGGUCACAACCAGCCGGAAUGUCGUGCAAACAGGAAAAGCUGUUGGCCAGUCGGUGGGAGGAGCUUUCUCCAGCGCAAAGACGGCCAUGUCCUCCUGGCUUUCCACUUUCACUGCCUCUGUUCCGCAGAGCCUCACGGAGCCACCCAACGGGAAGCCCUGAGCGCAGCGUCCCCAGGCUGCUGUUGCCCUCCCAGCUCUCAGUGUCCCUGUCUGUCCACCGCACCCCGUCUGCUCUUUGGCACCAGCCACGAGCCCAUGGUAGGGGACCGAGCUGUCCACCUGUGCAAGCGCACGGCUGCCCUCUGCCCACGUGACUGUCAGAGCGCUGGAAAAGGAACUCAGCCAUUGCAGGGAAGGUCUCCAGGCUGGGGUUUAAAUUGACGACUCAUUUUACCCUAAGCCUGAUUAAAACACACGUGGAAAUGACCCUGUAAUGAAUUUGGAGUUCUGACUUCGUAUGUUGGUUUACUUUAGAUGAAUUUUUAACUUCUGUACCUUUUGUUCUAUUUUGCUAUUUGAAUAUUCAAGUGGUCACUGUAAUUUAUAUUUGCUGAAAUUAAGUUAUGUAACUAUUUUAAUUUCUCUAAAGUGAACCCUAAAAGUGCUUAUAAAGUUAAGGGACCACCGAGCCCAGCCCUCUGUUAUUCUGCUGAGUUACCUAAUGGUUUGUUUGCUUGCUCCUCACAAACCCACGUAUCCAUUCCCUCCCUCCCAGAAACAUGGAAGUCGGAGGCAGUAGUUCUGAAGUUUUUAACUUGUUCUUUCCAAAUCCUUAAAAACCUUCCUAUGCGGCGCGGCACCCAGGAACUUCACUCGCUUUCUCUCUUGCCCUAAUUGUGCAUGUAGGUGUGCAGAGAAACACAUGUGACGAUUGUACUGGUGUUCACGCCAUUUAACACCAAGGUGUAACUCGGGCAAUAUUAUACGAGACUAUGUGUUCCUCUUUGUCAAUGCUGGUAAUUUCACAAUCCUUGACAAGCAUUUUUAAAUCCAAAGUUUGUGCCUUCUAUUUCUUUCUUUGAAUAGCUCUCCAUUGGGUUUUUACAGGUUUUCCCACAGGCCUGAUCUUCAUAACACUUUUCCAGGCACGUGGCUUUCCUGCUUCCCGGACUGAAAGUCCUCUGUAUUCAAUCCCCCUCCUUUGCAAAGUCACUGUAAAAGCAAAGCAAGACGAUCCACAAGUAGUAAACAGAAAUCCCACCUUCGCUCGAAGUUAGAGAAGCAAGAGCAAAGGGAAGGAAAACUACCGUCCGCCGAUGGUCUUCCACAGCCGGGCCUGUGAGCUGUGCACUGAGCGCUGGCUUUGGAUGGACGUUCUCAGGGAGUCCUUGUGGAGGACAGGCUGCCUUCUCGGUAACAAGGGUACUUGGAGCACUCCGUGUGAGUGCUGCAGAGCCCGGGAACACAGGCUCUCGUGAGGAAGGACACUGACGGUGUCUGUCUCUCCUGUACGAAGCAGAUCCCGACAUCGUCUAAUCUCCCUAGCAUUUCCCCUCUGUGCUUUCACACAGCACCACAUCCUUCCCUAGUGCGUGCCAGCUCAAGAACUCAGUGAUGCCAAGUGAGCGGACGGAAUGUGAGCGCUCCAGUCACUCCACCUUUGCUAGGAAAGGUCACCUUCUCAGGAAGUCCUGUUUGAAGAGGAGAAAAUAUAGCAAACGAGACCUGCCCUCCACCGGUGUUGCACAGAAUUCACGAGGCCGCGCCGUUAGUCGGCGUGUGUGGGAGUGUAUCCGUGUUCUUCGGGCGAGGAGCGCCGUGUGCCGUUCCUUUAUGUGGCUGUCUGCCUGAGUCAGGCCGCCCAGCCCACGCUUUGAAACCCCACUGAAAUAAAAAUAAUGACAUGAAAUUUAGAUGUUUUAGUACCACUAGUUCUCCAUUUGAAAUAAACACAUUUUUCCACUAAUAUUUCUAGUGAAGAGUUCACCUCUUAAAGUGAUCCUUUAACUUACUUCUAAGAUAAAAUGAGUCUCUUGGAAGAGAAACCUUUGUUCAUAGAAACGGCAAAAAGACCGUACCUGUGUUUCCUUCAGGUUCUAGGCAAUGUUGGGUGUUUUCAGGGAUGGUAGGUCAUUACAUUGUUGGCAAGAGCCCCAGGGCAGCCAGCACAGAAGCCUGGAAGCCUGGUCCUUUUCCUGCGAGCCGGCCCCAGACCCAGUGGUUUUCCCUCCAAGCACUGGCUUUGUGAGUUGUGUAUUCAGUGCCCCUCUGGCCCGUGUCCUGGCUGUAUCACUGGGAGAGGUAUGUGACCUGGUGGCCACACUUGGUUCCAGUGCUUUCCAAGUCUUUUUAGUAUUUAAGAACUGAGUAUUUGUAAACAGGCCUGAGAGAGGUAGGGCCAUCCGGCCUUUCUCAGGUGUGCCAGGCACAAAGACUGUGUCUGUACCUUGAUGGUGACCUCAAGUCUGUCCAGGUGACUUAAAAAUGGAAUUGGGGGAAGUCCAUGGUUUACUCCAAUGUCCAGUAGGCCCUGAAGUGGCAGUGGACCAGGUAAGGAAAAGAGAAGCAACACUAACCGGCCAUCCUGGGCUGGGUGAAUAGAAAACAUGGCUCAUCGGAUGAAGGCAUCACUUUAUUUUGCAUAUGUGUUUAGCUUAUGUAACCAGUGUGACUCGUCUCCCCAAAGGCCAAUAGUGAUCAACUUGGGCCCAGCGGCUUGAAAAAAACUCCCAUCUACUUUUUGUUUUAAGAAACACAGCAGCAACAGUCUUUGUUGGCAAGUCAGAAUAUAUGAUGUGACUUCUGCAGCCUUAUCUUACAUUCCAAGUUCUCUGUUAAGCAUUUAAAGUUGUUUAGAAAGUUGAAGGGAAAGCAGAUGAAGGGAAGGAGCAGAGAAAUGAAACAUUGCCAGGCUAAGGAACAAAGUCCCUAAGAUUGAAUUACAAUAUCUUGAGAGCGGUAUUUAAUACCCGCUAAAGGUUAGGUAAGAAUUAGAAAGGUGUCAGAAUUUUAAUCUGUAAGUUUUCGGUUUUUAAUUAAAGGUAUAAGCAUUUUCUCCUUGGCAGGCAGAUUUUAUUUGAUAUUGUCUAGAAAAACGUUUUGUGUAAGUUACAGCCAGUGGUACUUUUCCCUCCAGAACUGGUGACAAGUUUGGGAACUCUCUGCUCUGUAUGGGCCAGUGGACGGCCUGGUUCUGAACCAUGAGGACCCUAGUCCUCUUGUCCGAGAGUUGACUUAGACUCUUGGAAUGUACCACCAUUUUCAGCCCCCAUCCUGCUCCUCCUGUCACGAGGGCACUGGCAUCCCUGGCUUUCCCACACAGUCCCUCGGUAGCCUGUAAGCGCGGUGGAGAGCACAAUGCUCAGUUCCAGAAGAUGAGCACCAGUCCCUGUAGUGCAAUGUGCUGCUGGGAGUUUUCUCAUCCCCAGGACUGCAGAACCUUAGAACCACUGUUUCAUAGUUUCAAACAUUCCAUCAGUAAUUGUUAGGAACAAAGCAAAGGAGUGAAGAUCCUUAAUCUUUUCAUCUGUCUAAAUAAUAACUUUGUACACAUGAUUUCCUGCUCUCCUUAGAAGGAACAAACCCCCUUGCUGGAAACUCUCAGAGGAUGGUGCAUGUCUAAGGGAUCAGAUAUAUUUUGUAAAACUCUAGCAUUUGUAUUCUGUGCUACUUUGAAGUUUACCUUUUUACUUACAUUUAACUAAAGAUAUAGAAGUUAUAUAUUUAAAUCAUGUAAAUGGGACACAAUUUAGGGUUCGUUUGGUUUUUUCCAAUGUUAUUUUUUGCAUCAGCUUCUCAAACACACAUGGUAUGCUGCUUAAGUGUGUGUGUGUGUGUCCCCGUGCGCACGCACACGCACAAAUGUGCGUGCAAUAUACACAUUGUGGACAUUAAAGCCAGGUACUGAGCCAGAAAAGGUUAAUUGAAGUUUUCAAAAAAGCUGCUGUGUUUAGAAUGUUUGUUUUUUGUUUAUUUAAUAGUAAUUACUUAUAGCUGGAAAAUGGGAUCAAGACUUUUGUGUUUCCAGCUCCUUGGUCAUUUAUUCCUAAAUUUAGGAAGUACUUGAUUAAAGAGUUGGUGAAGGCAUUUAGUGGUUACAAAAAUAGUUUAGAUAUUUGCGGUGAAACCCUUUCUAAGAAGGUUUCCUAAGGAAGUUUAGUUUGCAGCACAUGAUUUGAUCAGAAAAGUAAUUUCCCUUUGCUGAAGUAGUUUUAUAAUUUGUACUAGUAAUUCGUUUCUUUUGUUGUUUGUUUUUUAAGAAAAAAAUGUUAAAAUAUAAAUCACGGCUAAUCAUACUGAAUUGUAAAACUUCUACUGUAUUUUAAGGGGGAGAAAAUGAGAAUAAAAUUAUCCUGUUUGUCCUGCA